AAACACUAGUUGGCGCUGUGCGCUGUCUACUCGUUUCUUGCGAAGAGGUGAUAUUUCAAAUAUAUUUAAUUAAUUUAUAGGUAUCGCAUAUAACGUGCUCGUCGGACAAGAGCGAGUUGCGCGACUCGUGUGCGCAGUCACAUUUCUAUCUGGCAGCAGAGUGGGAUUGCAGACUGCAAUGAUGGCGGCCACCAGCGAGGAACGGAUUGUUAUGGAGCCUUCGAGGACAAAUUGUGGACAGACCCAAGUCGUGGACCGUCUGAAAAUGCUAUAUCCGAUGGUCAACGAGGAAGAGACGCCAUUGCCACGAUCCUGGAGCCCAAAGGACAAGUACAACUACAUAGGACUAUCACAAAAUAAUCUUCGCGUUCACUACAAAGAUCGUAGAUCCACUGAUGCACUAUUAAUGGCCGUCGGUGCAUAUAGUAUAGAUGCAUCCAUUCAUAUAUACGAAUGUUAUGGAAAAACACACAAGGAUGCUGCAAGUGUACGCACGACGCAUUCGAUACCGGCGGCCUGUGGUUUGUAUUAUUUCGAGGUGAAGAUCGUGAGCAAAGGAAGAGAUGGAUACAUGGGUAUCGGGCUCUCAGCACAUGGUGUGAACGUUAAUAGAUUACCAGGUUGGGACAAGCACUCGUACGGCUAUCAUGGUGACGAUGGCCACAGCUUUUGCUCGUCGGGUACAGGUCAACCUUAUGGACCUACCUUCACCACCGGAGACGUCAUCGGUUGUGGUGUCAAUCUCGUUGAUAACACAGCAUUUUAUACUAAAAAUGGUCACCACCUUGGAAUAGCCUUUACGGAUCUUCCUCCAAAUCUCUAUCCAACGGUCGGUCUGCAGACACCAGGAGAGGUAGUGGAUGCAAACUUCGGACAAGCACCGUUUGUCUUCGACAUCGGGGAUAUGAUCAAUGAACUGCGCGUACGAACGAGAUUACAGAUCAUAAACUAUCCGACGCCGGAUCAUGGCCAGGGUCAGUGGCAGGCCGUCCUUCACAAAAUGGUGUCUACGUAUCUCGUCCAUCACGGGUACUGCGCCACCGCCGAAGCCUUCGCCAACAGCACGGGUCAAGUCUUUGAGGAGGACUUCAAUUCCAUCAAAAAUAGACAAAGGAUUUUAAAACUCGUACUGGCUGGACGUAUGGGCGAAGCAAUAGAUUUAACCAGCCGAUUAUAUCCCGGACUUCUAGAACGGGAUCCUAAUUUGUUAUUCGCAUUGAAAUGUCGUCAAUUCGUCGAGAUGGUAAACGGAAGUGAUUCUGAAGUCUGUCAAACUACCAACGUUAAUCAGACUAGUGUCAUACAGUCUACCAAAGCUUAUGCGAAAUCCUCAGCGAACGGUAACGUAGAAGAAAUGAAUAUUAAUAACACGAUGAACGGUGCCAGCGAGCAGCAAUUUGUUAACGGCCAGAUCGAAGAAGAUGUCGACAUGGAAGAGAAUAAUAUGGGUACGAUGAAUGGUAUCAAGAGUAGUAACGGCUAUCAAAAUGGUAAUCUCAAUGCGAACGGUUUCAAGUGUCAAAAUGGAGAGGACGUAGAUAUGGAGAUCGAUGGUGCCAAUCAAAAUCAGCAACAAAAUGGCAAUUGCAGCAUUAACAAUGACGUUGUUGCGAAUAAAAAUAAAAAGCAAUUAUGCGGUGGUAAUAAACAAGCUAUUGAAAAAAUGUUGGAGUUUGGUAGACAACUCUACUCGCAAUCGAUACAUUUGAGGCAACAACAUGGCAAGAAUGAAGGAAAUAAAAAAAUGUUACAAGAUGCUUUCAGUCUCUUAGCAUAUGCAAAUCCAUGGAACUCGCCUGUUGGUUGGCAAUUGGAUCCCCAGCAACGAGAAACCGUUUGCGCGAGGUUGAAUUCUGCUAUACUUGAAUCUAGCAAUCUACCUCGUCGGCCGCCUCUAGAAGUAGCAGCAUCUCAUGCGAGAGAGUUAGUCCGCUUAAUGUCAACUGCUGGUCUCGGCGCGUGCGGUUUCGCGGUUGUAGAUAAUAUCAUUCAAUAUUGACGGUGCCUCCCUCUGCUGCCACGUCCCCCUCUUCUACCAGCUCGCGUAUGGAUGCGGAGACGGAACGUGGAGCAGAUUAUAUUGUUGACGCAGCAACAUCGCGAUGUCGCGUGCCUCUUUAGCUAGAGCAACCGCAUUUGUUGUCGGUGACUCGGCGCGAUCUCACACCACAGACACGACACAAGGUGAACCUUCAAACCUGCCAACCAAAAUGACACUUCACAUUUUUAGCUUAAAUUGGGGGAAAGGGGGACGGUCACUUUGGAAUCCGCUAAGAUAAGAGCAGAAAAGCGGCAGAUCGGUGUGUGUUCCCUCGUUUCCAAAUGGUUGUCAAGAAAACGUGACUUUUUAUAAAGAGGUAACAUAAAUAUCUCACAAAGUAAAAGAUCCUUAUUUUCGAACGAACCAUUGAAGAAAGUAAAAUUCUGUGAAGGAAAUAAAUCUUUUCAGUUUGUCUUAGGGAGUAACAGAAAACUUGCAGGAAUGCUCGUAAAAUAAUGGUUGUGUGGUAAGUUGAAAAUAUUUUCAAUCAUAUAUUCUGGUUAAAGGUAUAAAACAAAAAUUUGUUUUGCGUUUUUAGCAAGAUUAUUUGGUACUCGUGAGAUACAUCCAUUAUGUGGCACAAAAGCAAUGAUCACAGUUGCACAUUGGAUAUUUACAGUCAAUUCUUUUGUCACAAUAGAAUCUUUGGUAAGAAAAAAAAAAAGUUUAAUUUAUUAAAUAAUAAAUACAUAUUUUAUCGACUUGAAGAGACACUUCAUACUCGUAUGCAAAUUAUUAAACACUAUUUUUUAUCUAACAUGUUUGAUCUUUAAUUUAGAUUUGUAAAUACAUAUACCCAAAUCUAUUAUAUUAUAACAUAUCUUUCUUUUUUUUUUCACUUAAAAAUACUAUCGUAAUGAAAUAUAAAAACUGACACUGAAUGAAGUCAUUUCUAUAAUUAUUAUAAUUAUGAUAUUGGCAAAAUCACUUCUAUUAUUAUAGCUUAAAAAAUAAAAAGAUUUCUCGAUUAUAAUGAUCAAAUUUAAUAUAAUAUUAUUGUAUAUUUCGAAGUAUGUACAAAUGAAUUUGUUUUGUGUUCAGAAGAUAUAUUUAUAUUACACUCUUAUCACACAUUAUUUAUAUCUAUAGGAUCUAUAUUACGUACGAGAAUUAUGUUGACAAAAUAAUUUUUAGAUUUUUAUUUUUUUCUUAGUAAAAAAAAUCAUUUGGUGUAUUUAUAAAAAAAAAUAGACUAUUACUAUCAAUAUCAUCGUAAUCGAAUGACGUGUACAUUGAAUACACGCAUACACUUAAUUUUUUGUCAAGUGUAUGCAAUUUUACAAUACUGUUAUAUUUCCAUUUUAGCUAUCUAUUUCUAUUUCAUGAAUUUAUAGUUGAAUUAUAAUUUUUUAUUUAACUACAUUAGCUUUUUGUCAUUAUAGAUCAUUACAUCAUGUUAUGAUACAAUUUUUUUUAUAGCAACAAACGUCGCAUAUGUCGCAUCUAUAUAUUUUCUAAAAAAAAAAAUGUAUACUAUAUCUUAGAAAUAGUAAAGUACAAACAAGUAUAUCAAGUUGAAAGCUUUUCAUAUAAUAUUCAUUUUAAUUAUUAUGCUUAUAAGAGUAAAUGUUUAUAUUUUUUAUACUCGCUAAAUUUUGUAUUAUUACAUAAAAUUGCAUAGCGAAAAUAGCUCUAUCAACAACGUUGAUUUUACAUACUAUGUUGUAUUUACAACAUACAACGUAUAUAAAUGUUUAUCUGUAAAGGAGCAUUUGUUUAGUCGCGGCAACCUUCAUAGUUGGAAUAAUAACUGUGUUUAGAUACACAAUAGUAUACACAAAGCAUAAAUGUUUAGUAAAUCAUUUACUAAACGAUUCGUGUGCAGCAUCUAUAUAUUACAGAUUUUGUACGAUACUAUGAUGGUUCUGUCGUAGAUAUUUAUUGUAAAAUUAUAAAUAAUUGUUCACAAUACAAUUCGUUAUGUUUUAAACA